AUGCAGCUCUUGUUGCUACUACUUGGAAUUUGUCUUUCUGUUCCUUCAUAUUCACGUUCGGUCAACAACCACCGGGCGACUCCCGCAGCGGCCGAACCGGACGCAGUAACUCCAACUCCAGGAACGGACACAGAAACUGGCACCGUAAACCCUGGAACCGCCACUCCGGGAACGACAACUUCAUUACAACCAGGCGUAGUAUAUCCACCGUACUUACCUGGCACCGUAUACCCUGGAACUGUCCUUCCGGGAACCACAUACCCCUUCCAACCAGGCGUAGUAUGGCCAGGAACUGGUCCCGUAUACCCUGUAAACGCCACUCCUGGAACGACAACUUCAUUACAGCCAGGUGUGGUAUAUCCACCGUACAUUCCUGGCACCGUAUACCCUGGAACCGUCAAUCCCGGAACAACAAACCCAUCACAACCGGGUGUAGUAUAUCCACCGUACAUUCCUGGCACCGUAAACCCUGGGAUCGUCAAUCCGGGAACGACAACUCCACUACAACCAGGUGUGAUAUAUCCACCUGGCACCGUAAACCCUGGAACCGUCAAUCCGGGAACAACAAACCCAUCCCAACCAGGCGUAGUAUAUCCACCUGGCACCGUUUACCCUGGAACCGUCAAUCCGGGAACGACAACUCCACUACAGCCAGGUGUAGUAUAUCCACCUGGCACCGUAAACCCUGGAACCGUCAAUCCGGGAACAACAAACCCAUCCCAACCAGGCGUAGUAUAUCCACCUGGCACCGUUUACCCUGGAACCGUCAAUCCGGGAACGACAACUCCACUACAGCCAGGUGUAGUAUAUCCACCUGGCACCGUUUACCCUGGAACCGUCAAUCCGGGAACGACAACUCCACUACAACCAGGUGUGGUAUAUCCACCUGGCACCGUAAACCCUGGAACCGUCAAUCCGGGAACAACAAACCCAUCCCAACCAGGCGUAGUAUAUCCACCUGGCACCGUUUACCCUGGAACCGUCAAUCCGGGAACGACAACUCCACUACAGCCAGGUGUAGUAUAUCCACCUGGCACCGUUUACCCUGGAACCGUCAAUCCGGGAACGACAACUCCACUACAACCAGGUGUGGUAUAUCCACCUGGCACCGUAAACCCUGGGACCGUCACUCCGGGAACGACAACUCCACUACAACCAGGUGUGGUAUAUCCACCUGGCACCGUUUACCCUGGAACCGUCAAUCCGGGAACGACAACUCCACUACAGCCAGGUGUAGUAUAUCCACCUGGCACCAUAAACCCUGGAACCGUCAAUCCGGGAACGUCAACUCCACUACAACCAGGUGUAGUAUAUCCGCCGUACAUACCUGGCACCGUAUACCCUGGAACCGUCAAUCCGGGAACAACAAAUCCAUUCCAACCGGACCUGGCAUGA